UGUGAAAUAGCGGUUGCCUUGGCAACCUCUGGCGUGGGAUUGUUUGAGGAAAUGACGCCGCAUGAAGCAUGUCUGUUCAACACUGGACAGACACUCUCAGGAAAGCCAAGAAAACUGCAUUAAUAUCUGAUGGGAAAAGGAAAGUUCAUUAUCUGUUUGAGGAGUGUGACCUGAAAACAGAUGAACUCGUCUUGCGAAAGUGGCAACAUAAAACCAGACAGUGGAGACAGUGGACAUUGGAAGUCGAUGAAACAAACCCAAACGGUGUUACCUCAGAUUUAAUAAAAGAAAGCAGUUCAAAUCCAUCGUUCAUGCGUAAAGACACAAAGAGCAGUUUCCAGUGGAGGAUCCGCAAUAUUUCUUACCCUGUAGAAGUUUACAGUGUAUCAGCAGAGCCUGUGGAAAGAUGUUGUGUCAUCCGAACCUCAAACAAAAAGUACUAUAAGAAGUUCAGUAUUCCAGAUCUCGACCGUUGCCAGCUGCCUUUGGAGAGCGCAGCUUUGAGUUUUACCCACGCCAACAACACUUUAAUCAUCAGCUACAAGAAGCCCAAGGAGAUUUUAACACUGGAACAGGAGCUGCUUGGGGAACUGAAGAAACUGAAGGGGACAAGUGAAGGAGAUAUUGACUGUAAAACUCAGUGAACUGCCAUAGACCCGGAGCCUUUGCAUUGUUGUAUUUUUCUUUUAUUCUUCAUGUUCAUGUAGACUUAGAGUCUCACAUUGCCAUAUUUCUGUCAACUUUGUGUGUCCAACCAACUCACUUUCAAUGUGUGUGUUUUUUUUCUAUGUAAAAUUUCAAAUAUUGUGCUGAUUGAUGUUCGUACUGUACAAUUGCUCUUUAAGUCUAAAUAAUAAAUUAAAAGUAAAACUAUAUUAUUAUUACUAUUAUUAAAAUUAUCAUAAGAAGUUUGCUUUAUUCUAGCUAUUUCCACACUAGACCUAAAAAUUAUAAUCUAAAGACUUAAUCAUAAAAUAAUUAUAGCAGAUGCAUUGGAAAAAAAAAAAAAAAAAACAAUAAAAUGAAAGAAAUAAGAAAUAAUAUUCAAAAAGAUACAUUAAAAACAAAAAGAAAAAUAUAUAAAUAAAAUGAUACACUACAAUCCAUAGCAUGCAGCAAAUAUACUUUCAAUGAAUGUACAGCUAAAGAAAAUAAAUGAAGCAAAUUCAUAAAAUGACAACUUAUGCAUUUAACAGUAGUAAAGUUGCAUAAUUAUUAGAGAUUCAUCAUCAAAUUUUCUAUGAAAUGAAGGUCACUAACCUUGAGCCUCAGUGUGCUUUAAUUACUGCCAUCUCGACUCAUCAGAUUUCCUGAAGUGCAUCGUGGGAAAAUUAAACAUUUCCUUCAUCUGGGUUCCUUGAUUUUAUCUGUAUUCACCUCAUGUUUAUGUACGCUGUUUGGCAUGGACCACAGUGCUGUUGUUUGUGUUUCUACUGUAAAUAGAAUACUACUAACAAACUCUUUGUUGGUUUAAGGCAAAGACAACAAUACCGUGUGAA